CUGUAUUACCUAUACUGUAGUUGGUUGUUGGCCAUGAUAAUGCUUAUAUUGCAAAUGGUGGAGGUAUAAUAUUAAUUUUUUUCUAUAUGAAUAUUAAGAUAAACUAACGCAUUAUGGCUACAUCAAAAACUACCAAUACAUAUAACAGACAAAAUUGGGAGGAUGCUGAAUUUCCAAUACUAUGUCAAACAUGCUUAGGAGAUAAUCCAUAUAUUCGUAUGACAAAAGAAAAAUAUGGAAAGGAAUGCAAGAUAUGUAUGCGACCAUUUACAGUAUUUAGAUGGUGUCCCGGGGCGAGGAUGCGAUUUAAGAAAACUGAAGUCUGUCAGACAUGUAGUAGAUUGAAAAAUGUUUGUCAAACAUGUUUAUUAGAUUUGGAAUAUGGUCUACCUAUUCAAGUUCGCGACGCUGCUUUGAAGAUUAAGGAUGAUUUGCCACGUUCGGAUGUAAACAAGGAAUAUUAUGUACAGAAUAUAGACAAUGAGAUUGGAAAAAUCGAUCCGACAACGCCGGCUGGUGCUGUUGGCAAAUCUGCAGCAGCCAGUGAUCUCUUAAUGAAAUUGGCUAGAACGAGUCCAUACUACAAGAGAAAUAGGCCGCACAUUUGUUCGUUUUGGGUGAAGGGCGAGUGCAAGAGGGGUGAAGAGUGUCCUUAUCGGCAUGAAAAGCCGACAGAUCCCGACGAUCCAUUGGCUGAUCAGAAUAUAAAGGAUCGUUAUUAUGGUGUGAAUGAUCCAGUGGCAGAUAAACUCAUGCGAAGGGCAGCAGCUAUGCCCAAGCUUGAUCCACCCGAAGAUAAAUCUAUCACAACACUGUACAUUGGCAAUUUAGGUGAUGUAUUGACAGAGAAGCAAUUGCGCGAUCAUUUCUAUCAAUACGGCGAGAUACGUUCGGUAACGAUGGUGCCGCGUCAACAAUGUGCCUUCAUCCAAUACACACAGAGAAGCGCUGCCGAGGCGGCGGCAGAAAGAACGUUCAAUAAGUUGAUAUUGGGUGGAAGGCGACUCACUAUAAAAUGGGGCCGUUCUCAGGGAAGGCAAACGAUAUCUGCAACAGAAGCAAUGAGAGAAAUUCUUGAACCUGUCCCGGGAUUACCUGGAGCGUUACCACCGCCACCAGAAACUAUGGGUAACAAUUUCUUCAACCUGCAGACUACACCUGGCAUGAUGCCACCGAUGAUGAUUCCACCGCCGCCUGUUGCACCUCAAUUUAUGUUUCCACCGCAAAUGGCGGCUGCAACUGCGACGCCGAUUUUCCCUCCAGGAACGACCCCUAUACAUUAUCCAAGCCAAGAUCCAUCUAGAAUGGGCGCAUCACAGGGUAUAGGCAAACCUUGGCCGGAAGAAUAAUGUAAUAAUGACACAUGAAUUUUUAAUGUAACUGUAAUGACAGGGCAGAAAUAUAUAUAUACAUCCUUUGAAUUCCUUAAAAUUAUAACACGUA